UAAAGUAAUCAUGUAUCCCAUAUCUUAAGCAUUAUAUUGUAAAACCAAGGAAAUAAAUUUAUAUUCUUAUAAAUUAAUUUUAAUACAUGUAACGGGUAAACACGUACUUAAUAUUUCAAUAACCAAAUUUAUGUAAUUCAAAAUCAUUUAAACGAAAUUGUAAGCAAGCAUGAACUUUUUGUCAAAAUGAGACGCCCGAGUUCGCGAAAGAAAAGAUGCUGUUAGCACCCUUCCUUUCGGGGGGGAUGCUGUUAUAUCCGGCGUGCCGUCUAUAAUACAGGGCCUCCCAUUCCUGCCAAAAAGUGCAGCGCUUGCAUAUUUAGGGACUGGACUGCGCGACAACUUACUCGUGGCCGAAGAAUACACAUUACCGCGCAUUGUCACCUCAUCGCAGGAACCAAUUGUUUAAUUAGUAGCCCCACUUAAUGAAUCGCAACCGAGGUGAUAAAAGACACGAACACCAUAAUUCGACAGCUCAUUUACAAGGUAAUAGUUCUGCCUUAGAGCCCGGGUGAGUCCUAUACCCCGACACGUAUUCGCUCCGAGGCCAUCGAGGCCAGCGCCAGAGGCGGCGCUUUUACGCACUGUAUGACGAAUAUUAUGACAGUUCUUUGGUGCUGUUAUAUGUAAAUAAGUGAUUUGUUUUAUAAAAAAAAAAAGUGCAAUUAUAAAAAAAAAUCAUGAAUGUGAAGAAAAAAGCAUAUUACAAUUGUUCAGUAAAUGAUUGUAAUAACACUUCAGUCAAUUCUAAUUACAAAUUUUAUUCUUUUCCUACGGAUAAUUCACAGUUCCCUUUUAAAGUGGUUAGACGUCAGGCUUGGUUAGAUGCAUUAAAAAAAAGGGAGUAAGUAUAAUAAUUAAUUAAUUAUUAAUUCACUUAAAUUAUUUUUUCAAAUGUAGUUGAAUUUUAAGUUUAUUUGUUAAUGUUUACUCAUAAAAUUUUAAUUAAUAAAUAAUGAUUACAGGGUAAAUGGAGCACCCUGGGUACCACGUCAUCAUAAUCGUAUUUGCAGCAUGCAUUUUGUUGGAGAUAGAAAAUCGGAUCACCCUGAAAGCCCGAGUUACAACCCAACAAUUUUUAAAAACUCAACUAAAAUAAAAACUGAUGCCAAAACUGCUGUUGAUAGGUUUCAAAGAAGGUUAAAACGAACUCUCACUAAAGAAAGUAAUUUUCAAAGCUUCGAAGAACCUAAAAAGAAGAAAAUGUGUUCUAUGAGUAGUUUUCCAGUCAAUGAAACAAUUGAAAACGUUGAAAAUGCUGAAAAUAUUGAUUCGAUCGAUGCUGGAACUCAAGUUGACUUUCUAAGUGAUGAUAACAAUGACGAUGGUCAAGAUAUCAGCAGAAAAGAUGGCGAAUCAUACCUGUGUAAAUAUUAUUCAACUGAUUUUUGCGAUGUCGAAAUUCAAGUGUAUCGCCCAAAAAUCAACAAGCCUAAGCAGAAAAAAGUUGUGAUCCCGGAAGCAGUCAUUCAAGUAAAUGCUAGCAAUAACAUUGACACAAACACAAAUAAUCACACAUCGAACAGAUCUGGAUUUUAUGGAUAUUCUUCAAUAAAAGAGGCCUCAGAGCUUAAUGACCUUGGAGGCGUUAAACUUGAAACCUUUCAACUUUUGUUAAAAAUUAUGAAGAGAAAAAAAGUUGAUGACAGGACAAAAAUAUCGUUAGAAGAUCAGUUGUUUAUUUUUCUAAUGAAAAUGAGAUGUGGACUCACGUUUACUGCUAUGGCUGUUUUAUUUAAUCUUCAUAGAACAACAAUAUCAAAGGUGUUUUAUGAUACUUUAAUGUACUUAGCUGGUGCAUGUAAGGAGUUUUUAAUUUGGCCAUCAAAAGAAACAAUACAGGCAAGUAUGCCCGAUGCAUUUAAAAAAUCAUACAAAGAUUGUAGAGCUAUCAUCGAUUGUACUGAAUUUCAUGUAGAACAACCCUCCAAAAUUGAGCAUCGAGUUAAAUUUUAUUCAAAUUACAAAAAAGGAUUUAGAAUCAAAAUUCUUGUUUGCUGUACACCAUCAGGAUACAUUUCAUAUGUAUCACGCAGUUAUGGUGGUAGAGCAACAGAUUGUCAAAUAACGAGUAUGUGUGGAUUCCUAGAUCUACUUGAAACUGGAGAUCAAGUGCUUGCAGACAAAGGGUUUCCUCAAGUUAAAACACAACUAGAUGAAAGCGGAAGAGGAGUUCUAAUUAUAAUGCCACCGUUUUUGCAUGACACGUUUUCUGAAGAACAGGUAGAAGAAACUUAUAAAGUCGCAAGUGUUAGAAUUCAUAUCGAGAGAGUGAUACAAAGAAUCCGUACUUACAAAAUAGUUGAUAAGUUUACUAUCGAGAUGUUGCCUUAUUGUGAUGCAAUUAUAUUCAUGUGCUGUGUUUUAGUAAAUCUACAAUCACCAAUACUUAAAGAUGUUAAAUAAAUAAUAGUGAGUCUUUCAUAUUUUUA